UGGCUGGGAAGGGGUUGUUUGGCUGAACAAGAGAGAUAUUUCUCUUCUUCCAUAAAACCCAAAACCCUACUUCUCCUGUCAUAUUAUCCUCACCUACGCUUCUUUUUCCACUUCUUCAACUCACUUCAUAUCCUCUUUCAUUUCAUUCCAUGCAAGCAUAGUUCGUAAGCUCCAAUCGCGAUGAGAAACACUGAACACUGAGGGUAAUGGAAGACCAUGAUACGCGGAGGGAUAAUGGUGGAAAUGGAGUGAUAGUGCCACCCUGCACUUGCUCGGGCGAAGAAUUUCGCGCGCCUGGCGGUGGAAAAGGAUCAUUGCGAGUUGUUGCGGCUGCUAUAAACGGUUCUUCUGUUUCAAAUUAUGACAUGGCUGUGUCGCGGAACGUCAAGAAAACACAAAAGCGUAAAGGUCUUCAGGAGCUGUUCACAGACGAUUACAUUGUGAACAGAGUGUUGCGGAAGGAUGGUCCUUCGCUUGGUCAGGAGUUUGACUUUCUUCCUUCUGGACCCAGACACACUUUUGCUUGUCAAGAGGACCAAGGAUCCUCAAAAAAGAGGAAGGGUUCCAAGAGUGCAAUUCGAAGGCUCACCGAUUGUAAUAGGACAGCACCUGUGAAGAAGCAUGGUAUUGGCAAAGGUCUGAUGACAGUUUGGAGGGCAACAAAUCCUGAUGCUGGAGACCUUCCAAUUAAUUUUGGCGUUGAUGGCCAAGAAGUUCCUUUACUUUCAGUAAACAACAGAUCACGGAAAACAGUAAACAGGAAUGUAAUGCCAAAAAAUAAAAUGCAGAAUAAGAGAAAUAAAUCACAGGAUAAGAGGAAAAUUUCCAUGCAAAGAAGAGUGGGGGAACUAUGUGUGACUCAGAAUCAGUCUCCAAACAAAAGCUGUGGACUAGCUCUUGAUAAUGCAAUAUCUGAGGAGGGAGUUGAUCGAGUUUCAAUGUUAAUUGAUGAUGAAGAGCUAGAGCUGAGGGAGUUACAAGAAGAAACUGAUCUGUUUAGGUGUUCUAAUCAUCUUGCUGCUAGUGGAAUGCUUGUCUGCUCACUUUGUAAAGAUGCGCUAGUGAAGUUUCCACCAGAUACUGUCAAGAUGAAGAAACCUAUCCAUUUGCAACCUUGGGACUCCUCUCCUGAAAUUGUGAAGAAAUUAUUUAAGAUGUGUUUCUACGCUCAUCCACUAAAGUUUCUCUUCUAUAAAAUGCACCUUUACUACUCAAAUAGUGCUAAACAUUGCCGUGCUAGAAAAAUGUCAAAUUCAAUCAAGAUUGCCUUAAAAGUUUUCCAUUUCAUUUAUACAUAUGCCAUAAUUGUUGAUAUUUGUCCCUUCACUCUUGACGAGCUUGUUCAAGCUUUUCAUGACAAGGACUCAAUGUUACUUGGCAAGAUUCAUGUAGCCCUUCUCACACUUCUUCUAUCUGACAUUGAAGUGGAGCUAACUAAUGGAUUUUCACCUCAUUUAAAUAAAUCAUGUAACUUUCUUGCAUUGCUUCACUCGGUUGAAAGUCAGGAAUAUUCCCUGGACUUCUGGAGAAGAUCUCUAAAUUCUCUUACUUGGAUUGAAAUACUUCGUCAAGUGCUGGUUGCUUCUGGAUUUGGUUCGAAACAAGGGUCCUUACGUAGAGAUGUCCUUAACAAGGAAUUGAAUCUUCUUGUAAACUAUGGUCUAUGCCCUGGCACCUUGAAGAGUGAGUUGUUUAAUAUUUUGUCAGAGAGAGGAAACACUGGAUGCAAAGUGGUUGAGCUGGCAAAGUCAAUGCAGAUUGUUGAAUUAAACCUUGCCAGCACUACAGAGGAACUUGAGUCUUUAAUAUGUUCUGCUCUGUCAAGUGAUAUUACUUUAUUUGAAAAGAUUUCAGCGACUGCUUACCGAUUGCGAAUGAGCACAGUUAUGAAGGACAGUGAUGAAUCUCAUUCAGAUACGGAGUACUCUGGUAGUGUUGAUGAUGAACUUAAUGACACUGAUACAUGCAGCAGUGCUGAUGAUUUUGAAAAUGAUUCAAUAAAUUCCAGUAUAAGAAAAUUGAAGAGUGUAAACAGUCAUAAAAAGAAUAUGCGGAAAAUAUACACUGAAAUUGAUGAGAGCCGUUCCGGAGAAGCAUGGUUAUUAGGACUGAUGGAGAGUGAAUAUUCAAACUUAAACAUUGAAGAAAAAUUGAAUGCAUUGGCAGCUUUAACUGAUCUUGUUUCAUCUGGAUCCAGCGUUAGGAUGAAGGAUUUGUCUAAAGUCUCAGCUGAUUGCAAUUCUAGCAUCCAAUUACGAGGGUCUGGAGCUAAAAUAAAGAGAUCAGUAGUAAAGAAACCUGGGUCCCUUUUGAACCAUAAAGUACACUUGAACUCUGAUCCCUGUAGUGUAGACUCCUCAUCAUUAUUCUCAAGAUUCCACAACUAUGAAGCUUACUUCCAAAAGGGAAACGGUUCAUCUAUGUCACAUCCCAUUCAAUCAGUGUUUUUGGGAUCUGAUCGUCGGUACAAUAGAUACUGGCUUUUCUUGGGGCCAUGUAAUGUAGAUGAUCCUGGUCACAGGAGGAUAUAUUUUGAAUCUUCUGAAGAUGGUCACUGGGAGGUUAUUGAUACUGUGGAGGCAUUAUGUGCGUUGAUGUCAAUUCUGGACGAUAGAGGAAAACGGGAGGCUCUUCUUAUUGAAUCAUUGGAAAGGAGACAAACAUCACUAUGCAGAUCUAUGGCCAGGACUAAUGUUAAUAGUACUGGAAUGGGUUCUAUGUCACAUUCUGAUCAGUCUGAACUGGAUAUGGUCACAGAUGACAGUUAUUCUCCUGCAUCUGAUGUAGACAACCUGAACAUGACCGAGACAGCUGAAGAUUCCUUUCCUUCAGAUGGGGCUGUGGUAAUUGAAGCUGGAAAGAAAGUAGAGGAUCUAAUUAAGAAAUGGAUCCGGGUUCAAGAAUACGAUUCUUGGAUUUGGAAUUCUUUUUACUCAGAUCUCAAUGUUGUAAAAUAUGGUAGAAGGUCUUACAUGGACUCUCUUGCCAAAUGCAAGAGUUGUCACGAUCUUUACUGGCGAGAUGAGAGACACUGUAAAAUUUGCCAUAUGACAUUUGAGCUUGAUUUUGACCUAGAAGAAAAAUAUGCUAUCCACAUAGCCACAUGCAGGGAGAAAGAAGACAACAACACAUUUCCUAAUCACAAAGUGCUGCCAUCACAUAUUCAAUCUCUGAAAGCUGCAGUUUAUGCUAUUGAGUCUGUUAUGCCUGAGGAUGCCCUGGUUGGUGCUUGGAGGAAAUCUGCUCAUAAACUAUGGGUGAAACGACUCAGACGCACCUCAACUUUACUAGAGCUUUUACAGGUUCUUGAUGAUUUUGUUGGUGCCAUCAAUAAGGACUGGUUGUUUCAAUGCAAAUUUCCGGAUGAUGUGUUUGAAGAAAUCAUUGCAUCAUUUGCAUCUAUGCCCCGUACAUCAUCCGCCCUUGGUCUGUGGUUAGUGAAGCUAGAUGUCAUAAUUGCUCCCUACCUGGACAGAGUCCAUCCUCUGAAAAAGCAGGGAACCGGUCAAUAUGGUCCUUGGCGAUAGGUGUGCUUACGUUUGUUUAAUUGCAUUCGUAUGUUGGGAUUGAAAUGAAGCAACUAGCUGUUCCGCUCCUUGACGCCCUGGUGCAUUCAUCUUACUUGUCAAACAUUCUUGUGCUGAAUUUUUUGAUUGACUACAAUACAAACAGUUUCGCCCAGGCUUAGCACACGUCAAAAUCCAUGUUUCUUGUAUCCUCCCCUUUGCCCUCUUUUUCCCCUUAUACAAGCAAUCUUAGUGGUCACAUGUAUAGCUUUAUUUUUUUAUAUAAAAAAUUACUAGGUAGCUCUAGUUUUUUGGUGCGUAGUCCCACUCGGUUUCUACAAGGUCACCCAUUUUUAUUGCUUCAUCAUGGUUGUGCUCUUCUCGUUUGAGAAAUCAAUUUUGUCUUUGUAUCUUACAGAAUAAUAAUGUCGUACUGGUUGAAAAUAAUUUGUAUUAUGAGAGGAUUACAGAGUUUAAGGCCAUUUAUUAAGUAAAAACGACAUGUGAGUUUCACUGCAA